CUGACGUCUCCAGAAACUGCCCAUUUAAAUGCCCACAGCCCAUGCAGAAGGCAGCACAGAAGCCAUGGCACUGCCCUUUCAAAAAGAGCUUGAGAAAUACAAGAACAUCGAUGAGGAUGAGCUUCUUGGCAAACUCUCCGAAGAGGAACUCAAACAGCUGGAAAAUGUUCUUGAUGACCUAGAUCCUGAGAGCGCACUGCUGCCCGCGGGGCUCCGACAGAAAGACCAGACGCAGAAAGCAGCCACCGGCCCGUUUGACCGCGAGCACCUGCUCAUGUACCUGGAGAAGGAGGCUCUGGAACAGAAAGACAGGGAAGACUUCGUGCCCUUCACCGGGGAAAAGAAAGGUAAGGCUCACCGGGGAGUCUUUAUCCCCAAGGAAAAGCCCGUGGAACCUCUCAAAGAAGAAAAAGUGACCCUCGACCCAGAACUGGAAGAAGCUCUGGCCGGCGCCUCUGACACAGAGCUCUAUGAUCUUGCAGCUGUUCUUGGAGUGCACAGUUUACUCAACAACCCCAAGUUCGACGAAGAGACGCCCUGCGCAGAAAGUGGCAAAGCGGCGGUACGAAGUAAGUUGAUGGGGAAUGUGUGCUCAGGGGUGGCUGCAGAAUGGCCUACCAACACUCAUGUGAAGAAGUUCAGCCUGGCCGCCACCCGCAGCAACGACCCCACUCUUCUUGUUACUCCUUUUUCACACAAUCAGGCUUUUGCAGAGAUGCUGAAAGUAAACAAGACCUUGAAAAGUCUCAAUAUAGAAUCCAAUUUUAUCACCGGAGCUGGGAUCCUGGCCCUGGUGGAGGCACUGAGAGAAAACGCCACCCUGACGGAGGUCAAGAUCGACAACCAGAGACAGCAGUUGGGAACAGCUGUGGAAAUGGGAAUUGCUCAGAUGCUGGAGGAGAAUUCAAGCAUCCUCAAGUUCGGAUACCAGUUUACCAAGCAGGGACCGCGAACCAGGGUGGCCGCCGCCAUCACCAAGAACAAUGACCUGGUUCGUAAGAAGCGAGUUGAAGGAGACCGGAGGUAAACUUCCAGCAGAAGAGGUGACGUUUCACCCCGGCAAUUGCUCCGUGACCAUUUUAAGAAAGAAAGAAGCAAACAAAAAUCUCUCCUUCCCCAUCGGGACCAUUUUAUCAAAGGUUGUUAUUUCCGUUAACCACACAGCUAAUAAUGUAAUCAUUGUUUUUUGUUGUUGUUUUUGUUAGCACAAUGUAUUUACCGGGGAUUUUUCAUGCAUACAGUUGCUGUGUUCGAUGGCGGCACUUCGGGUAACUUGCCCGAGCGGACCCUGGGCAGAGCUUAGUGAGUGACAGUGUCUGAGAGUGAUUUUAAUCCCUUUCAUAUCAGGUCUUCUUGCUUUAGUACAUGAACUUUUCCCCCCCUUUAAUCGCUACAAGGAAUUUAGUAUACAACAUAUGUGUUUUUAACCAUGAUUGCGAUAGAAGCCUUUCUCUGUUUACACGCACAGCUCUGAGUUAGGUUGUAUGCAUCCCAAGUAUUGUGCUUACCCCAGAAGAACUUAGUAUUGCCAAUCCCUCCCUGGGAACAAUGUGCCCUGGGUUCCAGAAAAAAAUCAUUAAACUGCACAUGCUCUACUAA